AUGUCGACACCUCCCCCAAAAAAUCCUCGUCGUCACCCAGCACAACUCCUCAUCGAAGCAUGCAAAACCGACGACCUAUCUAUUUUCCUAGAAGCCCUAUCCCUCGCUCCAUCUAAACAAGACUUCAUCUCAUCCGCCGUCACAAAAUACAUCCGCAAAAACGCAACCAAAAUCCUCUCCUACGCUCUUGACCACGGCGGCGAAGUCCCAACGAAUGGAUGCUUCCCGACUGAGCAAGAUGUAGCACCUUCUACAGAAAUUCUCGAGAUCCUUCUUUCCCACGGCUGGGACAUCAACGCACGAACCAUAGGCGAUACCCCUUUCCUCUGGUACGCAGUGUGCUUCAGUCACGAGUUAGUCGCAUGGUGUUCAGAUCACGGGGCGACGGCCACGACUAAAGACCUCCAUCUCGAGACGCAAGAGGAUCGGUGAAAGAUGAAUUUGGAUGUCCCUCUAUACUGGAAAAAGCAGCUGCAAAUGCCACAGUCGAGACCUUUGAAUUGCUCCGGUCUAAAGGCGCAAAACUUAGUAGAAGAACAUUACAUUUCGCAGCAGCGGCUACAUACAAAUCCCGAGUGUCUGAUGAAUACACGGAGAGUUCCACCGAGGAGAAGUUCUCCCAACGUCUAGCAAUGGUGAAACAUCUCAUUGAGACAAUCGGAAUAGAUCCAAAUGCUCUGGACCAACCUGUGGGAUAUACUUUGGGUAAUCACUGGGGAACGCCUCUGUGUUAUGUCGCUAAACGUCUGGCGAAUCCGAAAUGGAAUACGGAAGAAGUUGUCAGGUAUCUUUUGAGCAAAGGUGCAGAUCCAGAGAUGACUAUGGAUCCUUCUGGGUUUAGCGCGAGGUCUUUUGCGACAGAUGCGAGUAAUCAGCAGAUGUUGAAGCUUUUUGAUGGUUGGAAGGCUCGUCGGACUGGCGACGGUGGUGUGUAG